UGUUUUUGACUGUGAAGAAAUGUGUUUUUUCCUCAGAUCCCUUAGUCGUGGACAGGACAACAGGACUAAUGGGGCUGACUGAGACGUGAAUUUAAUCGACAAAAGAAGGUGCUCUGGACGUCGACGCAAAGUCAGUUCAACAGGAAGUCUGCAUAUUUCUAUGAUGGAGCAAUGUGAAAACAGAGAGGAAGGCCAGAAUGAACUUGGAUUUGGAUCUGGACCUCAACCCAGCUGUAUGUCCAUGAAGAGUGAAGUGUCCUUUUCAUUUCAAGGGGCAAGUGUCCUCUGAAAACAGAGUUCUUGAGUCAGAGGGAAGAUGAGGAGUAAACGAACAGCAGAGAAUCACUGAAGAUCACACUGAACUUCCAGAGGAGGAUGGAGCAGGAGGACCUGGCUGACCCUUUGCAGACCAGAUCCAGUGUGCCACUGUGCCAAAACAAACUCAAAUAUAGGCUUAAGGACAAAUACCAGUGUAUGUUUGAGGGAAUCGAUAAGGCAGGAAACCCACUCCUUCUGAACCAAAUCUAUCUAGUGCUGUACAUCACAGAGGGAGGGGCUGCAGAGGUCAGUGAUGAACAUGAGGUCAGACAGAUUGAAACAGCAUCCAGGACGCCAUCAAGACCAGAAACCACCAUCACAUGUAAAGACAUCUUUAAAGGCUCAGCUGAGAGAGAUAAACCAAUUAGAACAGUUCUGAUGAAGGGAGUGGCUGGCAUUGGGAAAACAGUCUUAACACAGAAGUUCAGUCUGGACUGGGCUGAAGACAAAGCCAACCAGGACAUACACUUCACAUUUCCAUUUACUUUCAGAGAGCUGAAUGUGCUGAAAGAGAAAAAGUUCAGCUUGGUGGAACUUGUUUAUCACUUCUUUUCUGAAGUUGAAGAGGCAGGAAUCUGCAUCUUUGAAGACUUCCGGAUUUUGUUCAUCUUUGAGGGUCUGGAUGAGUGUCGACUUCCUCUGGACUUUGAAAACACUACCAUCCUGACUGAUGUUACAGAGUCCACCUCAGUGGAUGUGCUGCUAAUGAACCUCAUCAAAGGGAACCUGAUCCCUGCUCGCCUUUGGAUAACUACAAGACCUGCAGCAGCCAAUCAGAUUCCUGCUGACUGUGUUGACUUGGUGACAGAGGUCAGAGGGUUCACUGACCCUCAGAAGGAGGAAUACUUCAAGAAGAGAUUCAGAGAUGAAGAACAGGCCAAUGCAAUCAUCUCCCAUAUCAGGAAAUCACGAAGCCUCCACAUCAUGUGCCACAUCCCAAUCUUCUGCUGGAUCACUGCGACAGUUCUGGAGGAUGUGUUGAAAACGUCAAAUGGAGGAGAGCUGCCCAAGACCCUGACUGAGCUGUACAUCCACUUCCUGGUGGUUCAGGCCAAACUGAAGAACAUCAAAUAUCAUGGAAGAUCUCAGACAGAUCCACACUGGAGUCCAGAGAGUAUAAAGAUGAUUGUGUCUCUGGCAAAACUGGCUUUUGAGCAGCUGCAGAAAGGAAACCUGAUCUUCUAUGAAUCAGACCUGACAGAGUGUGGCAUCGACAUCAGAUCAGCCUCAGUCUACUCAGGAUUGUUCACAGAAGUCUUUAAAGAGGAGACUGGACUGUUCCAGGACAAGGUGUUCUAUUUCAUCCAUCUGAGCGUUCAAGAGUUUCUAGCUGCUCUUCAUGUCCAUCAGACCUUCAUCAACACUGGAGCUAAUCUGCUGUCAGAAAAAACUCUGAGGUCUAAACUAUUAAGAAAGAGAUCUCAACUAACCCAUCUCCACCAAGCUGCUGUGAAAAAGGCUUUACAGAGUCUAAAUGGGCACUUGGACUUGUUCCUCCGAUUCCUCGUGGGUCUUUCACUUCAGACCAAUCAGAGUCUCCUACGACGUCUGCUGACACAAACGGGAAGAAGUUCAGAGACCAAUCAGAAGACAGUUGAGUACAUCAAGAAGAAGAUUAAAGAUGAUCGGUCUUCAGAGAAAAUCAUCAAUCUGUUCCACUGUCUGAAUGAACUGGAAGAUCAUUCUCUAGUGGAUCAGAUCCAACACUACCUAAGUUCUGGAAGUGUUGCCCGAGAUAAACCGUCUCCUGCUCAGUGGUCAGCUCUGGCCUUCAUCUUACUGUCAUCAGAUAAAGAUCUGGAUGUGUUUGACCUGAAGAAAUAUUCUGUUUCAGAGAAGGUUGCUCUGAGGCUGAUGCCAGUGGUAAAAGCCUCCAACACUGCUCUACUGGACAGCGGUAAGCUCUCACUGAAAAGCUGUGAAGCUCUGUCCUCAGUUCUCAGCUCCCACUCCUCUAGUCUGAGGAAACUGGACCUCAGUAAGAACAAUCUGAGGGAUUCAGGAGUAAAGUUACUUUCUACUGGACUUCAGAGUCCAAAAUGUACACUGGAGACUCUCAGUUUGAGUGACUGUAUCCUGUCAAAGCAAAGCUGUCGAGCUCUGUCCUCAGUUCUUAGCUCAGAAUCCUGUAGUCUGAAAGAAUUGGACAUGAGCAAAAAUAACCUGACAGAUUCAGGAGUAAAGAUGCUUUCAGACGGACUGAAGAGUUCACAUUGUAGACUCGAGACUCUCAGGCUGUCAUGCUGUCUGAUCACAGCAGAAGGAUGUGCUUCUCUGGCCUCGGCACUAACAUCCAAUCCGAGCCAUUUGAAAGAGCUCGACCUGAGCUGCAACUAUCCAGGAGACUCAGGAGUGCAGCGUCUGUCAAUUCACCUGGAAGAUCCACGGUGCAGGCUUAACUGUCUCAAGGUGGAUCAUAAUGGACCACAGUGGCUAAGACCUGGUCUAAUGAGGUAUUUCUGUGACAUCACACUGGACAUAAACACAGUAAAUCCAAACCUCAGACUGUCCAACCACAACAGGACAGUGACGUAUGUUGCGCAGAGGCAGCCGUAUCCUGACCAUCCGGACAGAUUUGACAUCUGUCCUCAGGUGCUGGGUUCAACUGGUCUGACUGGUCGCUGUUACUGGGAGGUGAAGUGGGGAGGGAAGGUUUACAUAGCUCUGACCAAAAGAGGAAUCAACAGGAAAGGAGACGGCAAAGACUGUCUGUUUGGAAAGAAUGAUCAGUCUUGGUGUUUAAGCUGCUCUCGUAGGGGUCACAGGGUCCAGUAUAGUGUCCGCUACAAUGACACACUACGUAACUAUCGCAGCCAGCCUUACAUGACAAACAGAAUAGGUCUGUAUGUGGACUAUUCAGCUGGCAUCAUAGUCGACCAGCUUUCCUAUGACAGAGUAGUUGAACACCAAUACAACUUCUACACUUUCACUGAACCUUUUUACAUCGGGUUUGGGCUGAGGUCUCCUGAUUCCUUUGUGUCUUUGUGUCCUCUGUAGUGGAGACAAUCUUGUAGGAUUUUAGGAGCUAUUUGUCUAUUUAGUUUUUUUCAAUGUGAAUUUACUUUUUUGUUUAGUAAUAUAGUAUUUUUUGCUAAUUUUUUAUUUUGAUUUAUUUGCUUUUUUUGUUUGAUAUUUAGAAUAUUUUUG